CCACUGAUUCCCAUAAAAACACAGAGAAACCCAUUGAAGACUCCUUGGCAAACCAGAAAGGGGAAAAUCAAACUCAUCUCCAAACACCUCCUUUCCGUACGAUGAUCGCAUUCAGCAGUAUUUUUUGGGGGGCUGUUUUUUAAACUGCUCUUCCGAUUUUGAAUAGUCACAGUGUGUGAUCCACAGUUGGGAAUAAUCAUGGAAAAAGCGCUGAACGUGUCGCAUGCAGGGAGCAGUAAAGGAAAGUGGGGGAAUCCCGCACAGAGACAGGCAAGAAGCGGCUCGUACAGUCCUGGAUCAGGGGCUGUGUCGGACACAACUCACCCCUCACAGACCCAGAAGAGACACUUGGAGGGGGUUUUGAACAAAUACACCAAUUUACUACAAGGCUGGCAGAGCAGGUACUUUGUGCUGGACCCUGAGCUUGUCCAGCUGCAGUAUUUCAUCAGUGAGCACAGUAAGAACCAGAAGCCUAGAGGCUCGCUGCCCCUCAUUGGCUCCUCAGUGGCCCCAAGUGACGAGUUUCCCUUCAUGUUCACGGUCUUUGCUGCAAAUGGAGAUCUCUUCAAACUGCGAGCUUGUGAUGCCCGCGAGCAGCAGAUGUGGAUGACCCAACUUCAGCUGUGUGCCCGCCGCCACUCAGACAGCAGUGCCAAGGCCUGCACCUCCUCUUCCUCCUGCAACACCUCCUCCACUUCCUCUACUGCUGGCCGGACUCGCAGCUUCUCCCAGCACCCGCACCCCAUCCUGCAGUCCUCCCACUCCUCCGUUCAGAGACAGCCCCCUCAACAUGGGACACCCGCCUCUGUCAUCACCAUCACCCACCACAAGUCCCCCACCGCCAGCCAGCGGUCCUGCAGUCAGCAUCCUGCAGAGCUGCACCAGGUCAAAGAGGUCAUGUCCCAGGCAGAGGGCCAACAGAAGAACCUUGUGAAUUCCAUCGAGUCUCUGCCAAGCCGUGGGCCAUUGUCCUCCCUGGACCAGGACCUGCUCCUGCUCAAGGCCACAUCUGCAGCCACGCUCAGCUGUCUGGGAGAGUGCCUGAGUAUCCUUCAGCACAACGUGUGCCAGGCGGCCCAACACAUCACCCACAGCCACAUGCAGGGAUCCAAUUCUGAUAACAUCUCUGGCUGGUCAAGGCCCAAGGCUCCCUCAGAAGACCAGGUGAAGAAUGGAGAAUUGACAGGCCACAACACAUCUGUUAGAAAUCAACCCCAUUCGCCAGUACACAGGAACAAUGAACGUCUUAAAGACUCUGAGAACUCCAGCCGAGAAUCAGUGGAUCACAGCGAGGAGAUCACAGACACAGAAGACAAUGAAGAGGAAGACCUAGGAGUCUUGGAUGACCAGAGGAGCGUCAUUCUUCAUCUGCUCUCUCAGCUCAAACUGGGCAUGGACCUCACACGGGUGGUGCUGCCCACAUUCAUCCUAGAGAAGCGCUCCCUUUUGGAGAUGUACGCCAACUUCAUGGCCCAUCCAGAUGUGUUCUUGGCCAUCACAUCUGGAGCCACGCCUGAGGAACGUAUCAUCCGGUUUGUGGAAUACUACUUGACCGCUUUCCACGAGGGCCGUAAGGGUGCUGUGGCCAAGAAGCCUUACAACCCCAUUCUGGGGGAGAGCUUCCACUGCACAUGGGACGUACCCCGAGAUAAAGUGCGACCCCUCAGAUCUACAAAUUCAAGCCCAGCUCCUUUGGUUCCUCAGUCUGUCCAAACUGCCUCUAAUGAGGGGGUAGGAGCUUGUCGGCUUCACUUUGUGGCUGAACAGGUGUCCCACCACCCUCCAGUCUCUGGAUUCUACUGUGAGUGUAAGGAGUGUGGGAUAUGCGUCAACACCCAUGUUUGGACUAAAAGCAAGUUCAUGGGCAUGUCCAUUGGAGUGUCAAUGGUUGGAGAAGAGGGAUGUGCAGGAGAGAUGUUUAUCUGUGGAAUCAGUUUAUCAGCUCCAUUAUCCAGUGCUCAAGCUACAUCCAUAAGAUCUCACAAUGAGUCAGGAGUGUUACACCUCUUGGAGCAUGAUGAAGAGUAUGUGUUCACGCUGCCCUCGGCCUACGCCCGCUCCAUCCUCACAGUGCCCUGGGUGGAGUUGGGUGGAAAAGUUUCCAUCUGCUGCGUCAAUAGCGGAUACUCUGCCGCUGUCACAUUCCAUACCAAACCCUUUUAUGGAGGAAAAGUUCACAGAGUCACAGCUGAGGUUAAACACAAUCCCACUGGCACCAUCGUGUGUAAGGCUCAGGGGGAGUGGAAUGGGACCCUCGAGUUCACCUACAGCAGCGGAGAAACCAAAGUGAUUGACACAUCCAAACUGCCAGUCAUUAAGAAGAAGAUCCGCCCACUGGAGAAACAGGGCCAGUAUGAGUCGAGGCGGCUAUGGCAGCAUGUGACAGUGGCGCUGAAGGCGGGUGACAUCGAUACGGCCACUGAACACAAACACCAGCUGGAGGAGAGACAGAGAAGAGAAGGGAAGCAGAGAGCAGCCAGCAGUACCCCCUGGAAACCCAAAUACUUCAUCAAAGAGGGGGAAGGAUGGGUGUACCACAAUCCUCUAUGGAAGACAAAGUGAUGAGGACACCUGGAGCCAAAUGGUAUCAGUCCAUCACAGACCCCAAGCCCAUGGGUGUGAGUGGCCAUGUAAGAGAGGGGCUGGCCAACCAAUUAGACACAAGGAGCAGGGAAAGGGGUUGAUCCAUAAUGGUGCCAAAAAGAGUAAAGUCAAACAGAUGGAUACGAGGGUGGUUAAAAUACCUCAAAAGACCCUUCGGAUGAAGAAGAUUUGGACGUGGAGGCCUGAAAUGACAUUGUGCAAUAGCUUUAUAUUUGUAUAAUACUUCUAAUUAAUACUUAGUGAAGUGAUUAUUCACACAGGAGAGUGAUGUAGCAUCUAUAUCGGUGUCAAAGGAAGUGACUAGUAGCUGUUAUAUUUGAUUAUGAUAAAAUAGAGGCAGAUAUUGAUGCUGGAGGUAUAUGAGACCAGUGAACACAGAGCUGCAAUGUAAUGUAGUGUGUUUUAUAUACUUAUGUUAAAGUGACCUCGCCCCUCAUUUUCAAAUGAUUUGAUCGAUUUCAGUAGACUGACAGUUAUCUGCAUGACAGAAUAGAACUUUCACUCUGGUGGUUCCUGAAGGCUUUGAAGUGAGCUCAGCUUAAAAUAAUAAUAAUAAUAAAUGGAUAUUUAAUUUACGAAUUUUAAAAUCAUAUGCAAAUGUAUUUUCCCCAUGAAUUAGGAAGACCAAGCAUGCAUUUCAGUCGCUAAUUUAUAUUUUCAUUAAACCUAGGUUGAUUUUUAAAGAUGUUCUUUGACCUUUUGAUGUUUAUGUUUAGUGUUUUUAUUAUUUUCAUUUACAUCAUAGGCUCUUUUUACUUAGUCUAAUUCACUUUUUACAAAUCAAUUCAAAGGUUUUUCUUCAAAUUAUUUUAAAUGAAACCCUAUUGUUCAUCAGCUGAUUGUAUGCCCCAGCAACAUUUGUAAUGCAAAAAAUAUUUUAAUUGCUGUUGUAGGUUUCUGGGAUACUCAGAUCAUAAUGGUCAACAAAUAUAAUUUUUUAAUGAAGAAACACCUUUUCAUGGCUUGCUCUGCAAAUUUUUGAAUGUAUGAAUGAAUGUGGGAUGCACGCAACACUUUCCGUCAGCAAAGUCCCUAUACAAGCGAUUCCAAUGUAUGACCACAGAGAUGGCGUUACCAAACACGAUAUGUUCUUGUUAAAAUAAAGACACCUCAACAAAAGACAAGUGAUCCCACCAUAUCUGUAAAUAAGCUAAAGUCAACAGCUUCUUACACAAACACACACACACACAAAUACUUUAGGCUGUGUUUAAGAUAUACGCAUUUCAGUUGUAGAAAACAAAAAAUCCAUCCAAAUUUAAUUGGGUAAUUUAUUAACAUCUAAACUAGUUUUGUUUUUUAUUUUGGUAAAUAUUACGUCAUUCAAAUUGGUGGAAUUUUGUUAUGCGAUUGAAAUGCGUAAAUCUUAAUAUAAUUUGAGUGUAUGACGUAAUAAUGGGCAUUGCAUUCAGAGUUCCCACACCUGUUGUUCAUACUACAUAAUGACAGUCAAAAAUCAUUUUAUAUCGAUUGUUGGGGGGGAUUUCCAUAUGACAGGUAACAUUCAUUGGAAUUAAUAGAUGAGUACAAUCGCUUACGUGUACAUACUUUAGACGUUUAUACUUUUAAAUGUACAAAAGUCUUCAAUAAGAUAAAAUAAAAAAUCUUUUUUUUUUUUUUUUUUGUGGAACUUUCAGCUUUCUGGACCCCAAUGCAAAGCAAAACUACAACAAUUUAGAUUCGCUUUAAAAAUGUCAAUGACUUUAAAGAUUUUCUUAAUUUUCAUGGAUAUUUCCAGGUUUUCCAAGACCAUGAAAACCCUGAGUCUUUAUGUGGGCAGAAUUAAAAACAUCAAAAAUACAUAAAUUGGAAACCCUGAAAUAACCUGUAUAAAUGCCUAUUCUCACCUUCUGUAAGGGCAUUUAACAAAACUGAUAUGACGAAAUGUUACUUGUGCUACAUAAAUGUACUAAAGUGUGAUGGUUUAAGUUUUUACCAUCUCCUCUAAAUUCGAGGUGUUGCAAAAAGCUAACCGAUUUGCUAGUAUUCUUUUCAUGUACUAGAGCUGCCAUCUAGAGGACACCUGAAGUAUUACAACAACACGAUACAACGACUUGUUUACAAAGAUAAUCCCAAAUGAAAAGUGAGGUGAUGAAUAAGUCUUAAUGAAAGAAUCAGCCUUAUCCAUUAAGUUUUUUUUUUAAUCACAAUGGCAUCACUCAUUCUCACAACAGCAUCUUUUUCUCUCGCUCUUUUUUUUUUUUUUUUUUUUUUUUUUUACAAUUUAUGGAAUACAUUUUCACUCCAAAAAGAAACGUUUUUGCAUUUCAGGAUGAAAGGCCUCCUCCUCUUAAUUUCAAUUUUUAUUCUUUUUAAUAAAUACCUUCCUAAGACUCAGAGCCCUCUAAGAAUAAUAUACGGAUGUGUUAUGCAGAAAGGGGGGAAAUGGAUCAAAUUUUCCCUUCCAAUUUUACAACAAAAAGCAAAAGCAAUAUGUCAGGUUGAAAACUAUAAAGGCAGAAAACAAAAAACAGUUUUAAAUGACAGCCCUGAAUAACCGAUGUAAGAAAAAUCCCAUUUGAUGUUGCAGGAAGCACCCUUUUAAACAUAAAAAAAAAAAAGAAAAGAAAAAAGAGAGAUUGGAAUAUAAAAACACACACUCUCCACCUGCAUGCUUCUCAGUAGUGGAUCCACAUUAUGGUGAACUAAGACAAAGUGCAUUCAGGCUAGUAAUGCAGCAUUUUAUAAACCUACAACUAAUUCAAUUCAUUCUUUU